GUUCAUAGGUGUAAGACUGUUUUUAUUAUUAUUUCGACUGACCACCAAUAAUAAUGCCGAAUAAUAGUUUUGAAAUAAAUCUGGAUGUACAGCGGUGUAAACGUGAGGAAGUGACUGUUGAGCUUUCAGGAGACUCUAUUGUUGUAAAUACAAGAAAAUGCGCACCGGAUGAUAACUCGAUUGUUGCAAGGAAAUUCUCUAAAAGGACAUAUCCAAUCAACUUGCAAAUGUAUGAUAAGGAUUCACUGAUUUACGAAUUUAACAAGGAUGGGAUGUUGAAGAUACAAAUAUUUCCAAAGAAAUCUGACAACUGAUUAAUUAAACUUACAAAUGGGACACAAAAUUACUUAAAAAUUCACAUUCUAAUCAAAUUCCAAUUUACAUUUAGCUUUUAAGUACGAA